GAAAAUAUGUCCACGGGAACAACUUAUGGCGUUCUUACGGCGUUUGAUCACUCAUCACAAGAGUGGAACAACUUUAAGUUGCGAUUAGAACAAUGGUUUAUCGCUAACAACAUUACUUUCGAAACCGACAAGGCAACAAUCAAGCGUCGGGCGAUACUUUUAACGUCAUUAUGUGAAUCAACGUUCAAACUUGCAUGCGAUUUGGCGCUACCGAACAAGGUAGAAGAAUUGGGUUACGAGGCGAUCGUGAAACUCCUCGACAACCAUUUUACUCCAAAAAGGUUCGGGUUUGCAGAGAAGUCAAUCUUCUAUGCAGCAACGCAGCGGCAAGACGAAACGCACACUUAAUGGGCCGCUAGGAUUAGAGGUUUGGCAACUCACUGCGCAUUCAAGAAUUUGGAGGAAGCUCUGCUGGAUAGGUUCAUCAUGGGCAUGACACCGGGACGUGAGCGCGACAAGUUGUUCAUGCAGGAUCAGCGGGAGCUGACUCUUGCAAAAGCGAUCGACUUGGCGGAAAGCGUGCGUUGUGCACGCCUGGCGUCGUCGACAGCGGCGCAGGCGACCGCGGCGGCCGGUGCGGCCACAGCGGCCGCGGAUAGCGUCUUCAAUAUCUCCAAGAAAGAGAAGUGCAGUGUGUGUGGUUUCACCAACCAUAAAUCUAAUCAGUGUCGGUAUAAAAACUUCAAGUGUAAAAAGUGCAAUAAUAAAGGUCAUUUGCGUAAAAUGUGCCCUAACGAGGGAAAAGUGAAAUACGUGGAGGAAGGUAUGUUGGACUGCGGGGACGACGGUGAGUGUUUUUAUAAUAUUCGGUGCCUAAAAGGGAAACCCAUGACAGAGCGAGUGACGGUCAGUGGUCUAGCCUUAGAGUUCGAAAUUGAUAGCGGUUCAGCAGUUAGCGUAAUCUCUAAAAGUACUUACAACUCGAAUUUUAAGCGGUUGCCAUUGUCAGUCACCAAAAAACGACUAUUUAGUUAUACAGGGGAAAACAUCGAAACUAUUGGAGUUGUUGCGUUACCUAUAUCGUACCUAGGUCGCACACAUACACUGGAUGUGUACGUAGUACGCGCAGACGGGCCUCCGCUACUGGGCCGCGACUUUAUUCGGGAAUUUAAUCUCGAGCUGGCGCCGGCAGCGGCUAUGGCGGCGGCGUCUGAUACGAGUAUCGGUAAAGAGCUUUGUAAAAUGUUUCCUAAGGUUUUCUCAGGCAAUCUCGGGGCGUUUAAUAAAUACAAAAUUGAUUUACAUUUAAAACCCGAUGCACAGCCAAUUUUUUUUAAGGCGAGGCCUGUUCCAUAUGCUCUCAGGGGGAAACUAGACGAGGAGCUCGACCGGUUAUUAACGUUAGGCAUUUUGAAGCCCGUGGAACAUUCAGACUACGCGUCGCCCGUGGUACCAGUAUUAAAAAAAAACGGUAGCCUUAGACUAUGUGCGGACUACUCAGUUACAAUCAAUAAACAGUUGAUAAUUGAUCAAUAUCCUUUACCAACGGUGAAUGAUUUGUUGGCUAAGCUACACGGAGGCGUACAAUUUAGUAAAAUAGAUUUAUCUAUGGCUUAUAAUCAAUUUAUUUUGAACGAAGAGUCGCAAAAACUAACGUGUAUCAAUACUCAUCGCGGUCUUUUUAAUUUCACCCGAUUAGUGUUCGGAUUGUCUAGCGCACCAGCUAUUUUCCAACGCGCUAUGGAAUGUUUACUUUCGGGAAUCGACGGAAUUAUCUUUCUAUUAGACGAUAUUCUGAUAACGGGCUCAAAUAGACACGAACACAAACAAAGGCUCACUACAGUCUUACAACGUUUAAAUGAUGCAGGGUUAACAGUACAAAUGAGUAAAUGCGAAUUUUUUAAAGAUGAGAUUGCAUACCUUGGUCAUGUCAUAGAUAAACACGGAGUCAGAAAAUCGCCCGAUAAAGUCAAAGCUAUUUUACAAGCUCCUAAGCCAACAAAUAUAAUUCAGUUACAGUCGUUUUUGAGUCUAACAAAUUAUUACCGGAACUUCGUGCCGGACGCGUCAUCUAUAUUAAGUCCAUUAUAUGAUCUGUUAAAUAAAAAUAAAAAGUGGGAAUGGACUCAUAGGCACAAUGACGCGUUUGUCCGAAUAAAAAACAUUUUAGCGUCCGAUAGAACUUUGCCACAUUUUGACCCGAAUGCUAAAUUAAUAUUAACGGUAGACGCCUCACCGACCGGGCUAGGUGCAGUACUAUCGCAAAUAGGUCCAGAUAAGUUGGAGCGGCCUAUUUCGUACGCUUCCCGAACGCUCUCGCGGGCGGAAAAAAACUACGCACAGGUCCAAAAGGAGGCAACUGCAAUCGUUUUUGGGGUUAAACGUUUCCAUCAGUACUUGUAUGGCCGUUCUCAGCCGUUUGUCCUUAGAACUGACCAUAAACCCCUGUUGGCUAUAUUUGGCCCUUAUAAAGGUAUUCCCGAGAUAUCCGCAAAUCGCCUACAAAGAUACGCCAUAUUUUUAGCCGCGUAUAAUUACGUGAUUGAAUAUAUUAGUAGUAAACAAAAUAGUGCGGAUUAUUUAUCUCGCGCGUACAGCGGCGACAAUGAGACGGAAACAACGGACGAGCUCACGGAAUGCGAGGAUCGCGCGGCUUACGUGAAUUUCGUAACGGACGGCGAUCUGCCUGUCACGUUAAACGAUUUGCGCCGGGAAACGACUCGCGACACUAACCUGACUACUGUAAAGGAUUUUGUGUUAAACGGUUGGCCUAGGAAGGUUAAUGACGCCGAGUUAAAACCAUUUUUCAAUUGUCGAACUCAGUUAUCUUACGAAAGCGGUAUAUUAAUGCGGGGACAUAAAGUAGUUAUUCCUACAACUUUGCAAGAAAAUGUUUGCAGGGAAUUGCAUAGUUCGCAUUUCGGCAUCGUAAAGAUGAAGGCAGAGGCUCGCAAACGGUUAUGGUUCCCCGGCGUGGACGCUGCGCUGGAACGAGUGGCCUGCACGGUGUGCGCGGCAUUGCGGCCCGCGCCGCCACACGCCCCUCUUGCACCUUGGCCGCUGCCACCGCAUCCGUUUUACCGAAUUCAUUUAGAUUUCUUGGGUCCAUUUCAUAAUUACAUGUUUUUAAUUAUCGUGGAUGCUUACAGUAAAUGGGUCGAGUGUUAUAACAUGCUUUCAACUCAUAAUUCAAAGACAGUUAUAAGUAAAAUGCACGAUUUUAUGUCACGGUUUGGUAUUCCACAUACUUUGGUGAGUGACAAUGGUACGUCGUUUACAUCAUUGGAAUUCAAAGAGUUCUGUAACCUUAACGGUAUCAAACACUUGUUAUCGCCGGCUUAUCACCCGGCUAGUAACGGGCAGGCCGAAAGUUUUGUCAAAAUUGUAAAAAAGGGGCUGAAGGCAAUAAUUUUACAGGGUUGUAACAAAUUAACAAUACAUGAUAAAAUUGCGAAAUAUUUAUUCGAUUACAGGAACUCUAAAAAUAGUACCACCGACAAGUCACCCGCGGAGUUAGUGUUUGGGCGUUCGCUGCGCUCACGGCUAGAUUUAUUGAACCCUAACGCACCGUCGUCAUUGACGUCCACAGAUCUAACUCAAACUGUCGCGCGUAAACAGUCCUUACAGGCUAAACACUUCCGUGGUGUACUAAGACCAGAAUUUAAAGAGAACGACCUUGUCUGGAUAACUAAAAACACUAACAAUAACAAAGUGAAUUGGCUGGAGGGUAUAAUCACAAAGAAGAUCGGAAAUCUUAUGUACAGCGUAUACGUGCCACAAUUAAAUGGUGAGGUCACUAGACACAUGGACCAAAUAAGGAAAAGACUGUCUUCGCCAAUAUCAUCGGCAACUGGUGAAGAUCAGGACUGGGAUCCUGACGUGAUUCCCGAUGUGGCGUCGCCUCACCCUGAACCUGCCACACAUCGAGAGGGGGAAGGAGAGGCGACAACGGUUCUGGAACCAGCUGCGGCGACGCCGCCGGGCACGCCAGAGACUUCACCGCCAUUAGCCACGCCGGGGACCUCACCACGCGCCGCCCGGCCAGUUACGCCCCACAGGCGAAGAGCAAUUAGCCCAAUCUUUUCGACUCCUCAGUCGACCUUACCAUUAGAUUGA